AAUCGCUUUCUCUCUUUUCUUUAUAAUCUUUCACUGUUAGAUGCUGAUUGUUCCAUUCAAGCACUUACCACAAACAACCCUAUAAAGCCCUCUCUUUUUUCUUCUUCUUCGUCCAUUGGGUUUCAAUGGCGAAGUGCAUCAGUGCUUUACACGCAGUGGUUGUGCUUUUCUUCUGCUUCCUACAAACGCACCUUCACGUUGUCGCCAUUUUGGACCCAGCUGAUUUCUUAGCUCUGCAAUCCAUUCGUAAGGCUCUCGAGGACAUGCCAGGUUCUGAUUUCUUCGCUUCCUGGGAUUUCACCGCAGACCCUUGCAACUUUGCCGGCGUUUACUGCGAUUCCGAUAAGGUCAUCGCCCUCAACCUCGGCGACCCCAAGGCCGGUUCCCCGGGUCUCACUGGCCGCCUCGACGCAGCCAUCGGCAAGCUCUCUUCUCUCGCUGAGUUCACCAUCGUUCCCGGAAGAAUAUACGGUCGUCUACCCGAAUCUCUAUCCAAUUUGAAGAACCUGAGGUUCCUCGGCGUUAACCGAAACUUUAUCUCCGGCGAAAUUCCGGCAGGGUUAGGCGAGUUGCGCAACCUUCGAACCAUCGAUCUCAGCUACAACCAGCUCACCGGACGCAUUCCUCCCACGGUAGGAUCCUUACCGGAGCUAACGAACUUGAUCCUCUGCCACAACCGUCUCUCCGGUUCGGUUCCCCGGUUCCAGUCGCGAACACUAACCCGACUGGACCUGAAGCACAACGCUCUCUCCGGUUCGCUGGCUCCCAACUCUCUCCCUCCGUCUCUGCAGUACCUCUCUCUGUCGUGGAACCAACUCAGCGGGCCAAUGGACAAGCUUCUGGGCCGGUUGGAGCAGCUGAACUAUUUGGACCUAAGCCUGAACCAGUUCACGGGCCCAAUCCCGGGGCGAAUCUUUUCGUUCCCUUUGACGAGUCUCCAAUUAGAGAGGAACCAGUUUUCAGGAGCUGUGGAACCGGUGGAUCAGGUGACGAUCCCAACCGUUGAUCUGAGUUACAAUCGGUUAUCGGGUGAAAUAUCGGGCCUGUUGGCGAGCGUGCAGAACCUGUACCUGAACAACAACCGGUUCACGGGUCGGGUACCCGCUAGCUUCGUGGAGCGGUUGUUGGAUGCGAGCAUUCAGAUACUGUAUUUGCAACAUAACUAUCUAACGGGAAUUGAGAUAAGCCCAACGGCGGUGAUUCCAGAGAGAAGCUCGCUGUGUCUGCAGUAUAAUUGCAUGGUCCCGCCCGUAGAGACUCCCUGCCCUUUGAGGGCUGGCAAGCAGAAAUCACGCCCAACUCAGCAGUGCAACCAAUGGAGGCCCUGACCCAUACCCAUACCCAUACCCAUCACAUCAUAUAGAUAGGUUCCUUUUCCUAUUCCUCAUCCUUUGCCUUUUCAUUCAUUAUUAUUUCAUUUUGCUCAACUUAUGGCCCAAUGAAUAAGAAUUUUGUGAAUAUUUUUAGGUUAUAUUUAGAUAGUGUCGCUCUUUUGGUUGAGGAGGUUCUCAAGUUUUAUGCUCUGUGUUAUCUAUAUAUAUUACUAAUGUAAUAUGAUU